UUUACAGGGAAGUGUUACGAUGAAUUCUUUCAAGUCUGGACAACAGCGCAAUAGUUCGGAAAGCGUUUCGAACAGAGAUUUGUUGGUUCCGAGUCCUGAGUUGAUCAUGAGACUUGCUGAGUCAGGUGAGUUUGACCUGUUGAGAGGAGUUGUUGAGCUGCUUCCCAAGUCAAAUAUUGAGAAGUUCUCUGAGGCUGGGCAAAUUGGAUGCAAUGCUCAGGAGGAGUUCGAGGCUUUCAAGAGCAGUUUUCUUACUCGUUCUCAAGUGGAGCCUGUUGUUGGAGUUGAGCCUGUUCCAGCUCCUUUUGUAGCUCCACUUAACCCUGCAAGGAACCCAAAUUUGUUGAACACCGAAAAUCAACAAGCCUUGUAUGGUCCUCCAAGUUCUGGUGGGAUGAAUUCUGGGGGAAACGUGAAUGAGUGGUCUGCGAUGGUGUCUGAGGUGCCACAGAGACGUAAUGGGUCUAAUUUCGUGCAUCAAGUUGAUUCGGGACCAGCACCGGUACAAUUAACCCCCAAACAACAAUUCCGAGUUCUCCACAAACAGAGGGCUAUCGCCUUCGUGGAUCGACUCCUGGGAAAGAAUAAUUGAAUUAUUCUCGUUUUCUUUUUUUCGAAAUGUGGCAUUCAUCGGUGUCUGCGUUCUGGCACUUCGGGCUGAAGAAUAAAAAUGGAUGCCUAUACUGAAGAUA